AUGUCCGGUGAAGCUCCCACGUUGUCCCGCCCGCUCACGGCGUGGAACCAAGCAGCCCUGAGGGGAUACAUUAGGCAAGUGCAUUGUUUCGAGACUGAUGGCGGCUGUGAGGCGCUGGAGGUACUGCGCGGGAAGCUCAAGCAGGCUCUCAAACAUCCCGGUGUCAUUCUUCUGCACACGCGCGAGGGUGAUCACGUCAGGCUCAUGACCAGCGAUGUGCGCGGCAAUAAAAACCUAGUCUACGCCAAGCUACGAGAGCGUGGUUUCCCGGCGAGUGCUUUUGUCGGGUCUGUAUUCAAUACGGACCAUACACUUUGCGAAGACGGCCCUGCGAUUCCCGUCUCUCAAAUUCUACUGCUUCUGGUAGACGGCGGGAUACUGAUGUGCGUCUUUGUCUAUCACUCAAUCACAGAUGGAGUGGGCGUCAACUAUUUUCUCUCUGCAGUGGCAGCGGCUCUGAAAGACCAAGACACUUUUCUGCAGAAGCCGCUGGGCUAUCCCAGCAGAAUUGACAUUCCGGUUCCGUCAAGCUCCUCGAAGGAGAAGAAGGACGCUGGAGUGGCCAAGGUCUUGAGCAAGCAAUGCCCUGAGCUCAGUUUAGCGGAGACUGGAACCAACCACGAAGACUACAUGACUAGCAUGUUCGGUGUUUCUAAAGUCAAGUUUGGUGGUAUCUUUGUAUUUGGCCCAGAGAAGCUGCGACUGGUUAAAGAUGCGGUCGUGUCUGCCGGCUACUCCCGCACGCCGUCCACCUUUGCCUGCCUAACCGUGCUUUCGUGGGCAUUCAUGACCACCACGCGGCUACGAACAGUCGGCAUCGCAGAAAAGUCGAGAAAAGACAACACCAAGUGCCGUAUUGUCAUACCAACCUGGUGGGGAGACCGGCUGUUCCAUGAGCAGUUGCGCGACUAUGCAGGAAACGCAGUGGCGUUUACCGAAACCUGGCACGGCGCUGCGGACCUGUUCAUCGUUGCAGAAUCUGCCUCGACCGACCUGUCGCACGCCAAAGGCGCGCUGAUGCGGCUGGUCAAUAAAAUUGAAGCAACGCUGGGCAGCGUCGACGAGGCGUUCAUCAAGACGCGCUCGACGCUCUUCAACAAUGUCGCUGACCCACGCCAGCUGCAAUACAGCUUCACGCCGUCCGAUCCAAAGCAGCUCUUCUUCAACUCGUGGCGACGACUUGGUGCCGAUAUUGAGUGGACCAUACCGACCGCCGCAGGGCCGAAGAGCUUAACUGCGGACGCCAUACGCAAAAGCCAGAGCGAGUGGAACGAGAGUGCAGGCUUGAUCAUGCCGGGAAGACGAGACAAGCUGGAAUACGAGGCUGUGCUCAGCUCAGACGCUGACUCGAUGGAAUCGCUGCGAAAAAAUAAAGCGUGGAAGAGCUGGAUUGACAGGGAGAGAUUCUGA